UGAAAGCAGAGGAGUAUGCAAGCACAUGUUCCCUUAGCGCUCAGAACAGUGGCCUUGUUGCCUGUCGCGUGCUGGGAACUCUCCACAGGAGAGAAUGAGAGCAGAGGGGCACCCUCGUGGCAGCAUGAAGAUGCCUGUGGCCCUCGGUGCACCCCUGAGAGCUGCCGUCUGAAGGAGCCCACCGCAGCCACGUGGCAGCCCUGGGUGCUGCUUGUGAGCAGUAGUCGCCACCCAGACCGAUGGAUCGUCCCUGGAGGAGGCAUGGAGCCCGAGGAGGAGCCGGGGGUGGCAGCCGUCCGCGAGGUGUGUGAGGAGGCUGGAGUAAAAGGGACUCUGGGAAGAUUAGUCGGAGUCUUUGAGAACCAGGAGAGGAAGCACAGGACGUACGUGUACGUGCUCAUUGUCACAGAAGUGCUGGAGGACUGGGAAGACUCGGUUAACAUUGGAAGGAAAAGGGAGUGGUUUAAGAUAGAAGAGGCUGUAAAAGUGCUGCAGUGUCACAAACCUGUGCAGGCGUCGUACUUUGAAACGCUGAGGCAAGGCUACUCUGCCAACAACGGCACCCCGCUUGUGGCCGCCACGUACUCGGUCUCCCCUCAGAGCUCCAUGCCGGGCAUCAGAUGACUGCAGACUCCCGGGAGCCAAGGAGUGGGGAACCAGACUGACGCGCAGACCCCACCCUGGCUCUUCCCUUCCUGUGGCCCGGUGGGCAGAGGGCCUCCCGCUUGGUGUUGGGGCGGGGUGGGGCUGGGUGUGUAACCUGUGUCUUCUGUGCAUGAUCCUUCCUUCAACCCUCCGGAGAGAGGCAGGCGGCGCCCCUGGCUCUCCAGUGCUCCUGUGUCUCACCCAGCCCUGGCCAGACCCCAGUGUGAGCAGAACCUUUUCAAGAAUCUGUCCUGUGAUGUGCCGUGCAGUCCAGGAGUCGGGCACUUUUACCGCAGGACACGUUUAUCUACAUGUUAUAUCCUGGACAUAUAAUAUGUAAAUAAAUGACCUUUAGCAAGAGGAAUUUAACUGUUUAAUAUUUGAAGGUUUUUUGUUUCUUUAAUUCAGAGCGUUUCUCGUGUGGAGACCCUCGUGACUGAUUUUCAUUUCUGAUUUUGACGCUGGCGGCUAGGCCAGUUCCCUGUCCUCUGUCCCGCAUGGACUGUAGCUUCAGUGCUCCCGGGACUCACGGCCUUCUCUGCAAGCUGUGUUUCCACGCCAGGAAAGCGAUGGGAAGAACCUGUUUUCUUUAUUACCAAGCCAGGAGCGAUGGCCGCGGCCCAGACCUGACGAGACAGUGGUGGAAACUGGACUGUGCCCUGCGUGUGCACGGUGGGCUUGAACUGGAUUCCUGGAUUGCUGGGCGCCGUCUCUGCCCUCCGCCCUGUGGGACCCUUUCCGGGAUGCUCCUGAUCGCCGCCCGGCCUCCCGCUGUCCUCUCGCCGCCGCUGCCGUCCGUGC